AUGCAGCGGACAGGAAGCAUAACGGCUUCUAAUAGCUGCUGCCACCAAAGCGGGGAGGAAACCGACAGUCUACACAUAGGUAGUCAGGUAGACCUCGCAUUUGAUCUGCAUGUGAGGAUGGGGAACGAGCUGCUGCUGAGGCUGAACUUAUUCGUGCUCUGUGUGAUCUUUUAUGGAAACACUGAAGUUUCCAAGCCGACUGUGAUCCUUCAACCCAGUGGGUCUGUUGUAUAUAGAGGAGAGAAAGUCACUCUGAGAUGUGAGAUCAAGGAAGGAGGAAGAACUCAGUGGACAUAUGAAUGGAGAACAAACAAUAGAAACAUUCAAAUAAGAUCCAGUGAAUACAACAUCAAUGAAGUCUCUGAAUAUCACAGUGGAGUUUACAGCUGUAUGGCUGCAGGAGAUCAUCAACAAACAGAAUGGAGCGAUGGCGUCACACUGACAGUGAAACCAGAUAAACCCAGAGCCACACUGACAGCACACAGAACAAUCAUACCAGCAGGGGGCAGCAUAACACUGACCUGUUCUGUGGAUGGAUCUGAUGACUGGAAGUUUGAUUGGUUCAGAAAUAGUCAACAAUAUUUUGCACCCCGGUUCAGAGGAAACAGAGAUCCAUUCAGAGUUAUCUAUGUCUCAGAGAGAGGUGUCUACAGCUGCAGAGGAGGAAGAGGAAAUCCAGUUUUUCAUACAGAAAAAAGCAACAUUCAGAAAAUUGUGUCUGCGCCGACUGUGAAGCAGCAUCCCAGCUGGCCUGUCGUAUUCAGAGGAGAGACGGUCACUCUGAGAUGUGAGAUGGAGGACGAUGAAGGAACUCAGUGGACGUAUGAAUGGAGUCCAGCCAAUAGAAACUCUCCAACAUCCAAUGAAUACAGGAUCAACAGCGUCUCUGAGUCUGACAGUGGGAGUUACUAUUGUAUGGCUAGUAAAGGAUAUCAGAGCACAGGCUGGAGUCUUCACUUUCCACUGACAGUGAAAUCAGAUAAACCCAGAGCCACACUGACAGCAGACCCAACAACCAUACCAGCAGGGGGCAGCAACACUGACCUGCUCUUGUCUGUGCCGACUGUGAAGCAGCAUCCCAGCUGGCCUGUCGUAUUCAGAGGAGAGACGGUCACUCUGAGAUGUGAGAUGGAGGACGAUGAAGGAACUCAGUGGACGUAUAAAUGGAGUCCAGCCAAUAGAAACUCUCCAACAUCCAAUGAAUACAGGAUCAACAGCGUCUCUGAGUCUGACAGUGGGAGCUACAGGUGUAUGGCUAGUAAAGGAGAUCAGAACUCAGGCUGGAGUCUUCACUUUGAACUGACAGUGAAAUUUGGCUGGAAGUUUGACUGGUUCAAACUGGAGUCAGAUUCUUCUGCAGCUCAGUCCAUCAGAACCAGUGAAUCAGACGGAGUCCUCUUCAUCUCAGAGGGAGGAGAGUACGGCUGCAGAGGAGGAAGAGGAGAUCCAGUUUUCUACACUGAAACCAGCAGAAAGGUCACUAUUGAGAAAACAGUUCCCAUCACACCAACUGUGAUCCAACAACCCAACUGGUCUCAGAUCUACAGAGGAGAGGAAAUCACUCUGAGAUGUGAGAUCCAGGAUGAUGGAGGAACUCAGUGGACCGUCUCCCCUCAGCCUGUCCUCUCUGUGUCUCCAUCAUGGCCGAAUCCUGGAGCCUCAGUGACUCUGAGCUGUGAGGGUUUGGAGCUUCAAUCAGCAGGAUGGAGGUUCUUCUGGUAUAAAGCUGUUCCUGAUCCAUCCAAGCUGAACUAUCAACCAUCCUACACUUAUGAACUGCUUCCUGACAGCAUCAAUGGGACUGAGCAGAACUCCUUCAUCAUUAAUGGACCGACUCAAACAGCAGGAUAUCAGUGCAGAGCAGGAAGAGGAGAACCAAAGUUUUACACUCGUGAGAGUGAAGUAAAGUUUAUCUGGUCUGCAGACUCUCAUCCAGCAGCUUCUCUCUCAGUGAGUCCUGACAGAGUUCAACAUUUCAUUUAUCAGUCUGUCACACUGAACUGCAGUGGGAACAACACCAAGUGGAGAGUGAAGAGGUUUACAGAAUCAAGCGGUCCAUCAUAUGUUCAGUGCUUCAACUGGGGGAGGAUGUCUAGAUCCUCAUGUACCAUUAAGAGACUGGAGGAUCACAGUGGAGUUUACUGGUGUGAGUCUGGAUCAGGAGAAUUCAGCAAUGCAGUCAACAUCACUGUACAAGGCAGGUUAUGA